AUGUCUGCCUUUCCGGAUUAUCCGUUUCUUUAUUCAGAUCCCCCAGAUCCAAAUGAACAACCCCCUUCAACAUUCUUCAACAGUCUGCCAUAUCGCAAGUCCCGCUUCCACGAUGCGGCUGUCGCUACAUCGCUUGCUGUGGUCAGAAGAACAGCAGAUUCACUUGGUGUGGACUUCAACUCCCUUGUCCAGAAGGGAUGUGUUACUUCUACGGGUCAUAUGAUUUCCUGGACCGCACCGGAAUGGCCUCCUAUUCUUGUUCCGUUGCUUACGGAGAUGUGUGAAUCGUUACUGCAUUAUGAUGAUGCAAUCGAUACGCUGGAUAUCAAGAAUAAACGGGAUGCUCUCACAGAUGCAACACUGGGUCUUUUGAGAAUGUGGAAACUCAAUGAAGCACCACACUUCGAUGCAGAUGUCAACAAGACAUUCAUCUCCAAUAUCGAGUCCCUACUGGAAAGCACACCGGAGCUCAGAACGCUCAUUCUCAAGACCUUUAUCGAGACCAUCAUGGCGCAAGCCACAAGCAUCCAGUCUGGGGUUUCAUUUGAGGAGUAUAAAAAAGCACGCAUGGCCAGUUCCACUAUCAGGCCUGCAUGGGGUCUAGUUGCUCUGAUACAAGGUCUUCGAAUCACGGAAGAGGAAAAGCAGUCGGUGGCGCCAAUACUCGAUUACGGGGUGAUGAGCGGCUCGUUAUCAAACGACUAUUACAGCUUCCAUCGCGAGUUCGAUGAACAUAUGAAGUCUGGAACGCUAGAUGCAAUCCACAACGCCAUGGCGCUGCUGAUGACCGAAUAUGGAUAUUCCGAGGAGGAAGCGGGAGACAUCUUAAAGCAGGAGGUACUUGCCGCAGAGAAACAGCUUAUGCAGCAUUAUGAAGCAUGGGAAGCCUCCGAUGCUCCCAAGUCGGAUAACAUCCGCUCGUAUGUGGUUCUCUUCAUUCUGGCUGUUGGUGGGGGAAAUUACUGGCAGUCUCAGAGUUCGCGGUAUCGCAAUGAAGGCAUGACGACCACGAUUGAGGAUCGAGCUCGGCUGCUCCAGCCGCGAAGGGAGCACUUAUUGCGACUCGAGGGUUAUCCCUCUCCAGCAAACCUAGAUGGAAGCUGCCCUCUCUCUGAAGUUAUUGGACGCACAGCAGUUUCCGAAGCCCAGACGGUUCUGGCGACGAAUAGCCACUCUACAAAAGGCGAUAUCUUCGCGCGCUUCCAACCUGCUGACGCAGAUAAGAUUUGCAUGGCACCGUUCGAUUACAUCAAGUCGCUGCCAGGUAAGAACACACUCGGCAGGUUUAUCGACUGUCUCCGGGCGUGGUUUAAUCUGCGCGAUGAGCACAUCGCCAUAUUAACGAAAAUCGCGGUCAUGCUGUUCAAUUCAACACUCCUACUCGAUGAUAUCGAGGACGGCUCGGCCCUUCGUCGCGGCCAGCCGGCAGCACAUGUAAAAUUCGGAGUCGGACAGACGGUCAACAGCGCCACCUUUCUGCACGCGGAGGCAGUGAGCCUAGUGCUUGAGCAUCUCGGGCCUGACUGUCUAAACAUAGUCCUCGACGAAAUCAAAACCCUGGCGCGGGGCCAAGCGCUUGAUCUCCACUGGACAUUCAUUCAGGCCCGCCCGACUGUGAACGAAUAUCUGACUAUGGUCGACCACAAAACCGGCGGAUUCUUUCGACUGGUCCUCCGAGCCAUGGGUAGCCUGUCCUCGACUGCUGUUGAUUCGGACCUGGAACAUCUGGUGACGUUGAUGGGGAGGUACUACCAGAUCCGUGACGAUCAUCAAAAUUUGGCAUCAGACGAGUACACGGCCAAGAAAGGCUUCUGCGAUGACCUUUCCGAAGGAAAGUUCUCCUUUCCAAUCAUCCACUUGCUCCAGCAUAGUUCCAAGGCGAAUACCUUGUUCAAGCUCAUCUAUGACCGACAGAACGGCGAUAUCUCUCAUGCGGACAAGCUCUAUGUUCUCACAGAGAUGAAGGAGUGUGAGAGUCUUACAUAUGCCUCUGAGGUGCUCGAUGAACUAUUCACGUCCAUCGUCGAGACAUUGGACAGACUGGAAGAGAAAAUGGGUCAGAAUAAACAACUGAGGUGUCUGAUACUUUCAUUGAAGCUAUAG